UUGGGAAACGGGGCGGUCCUUCGGCACAUGUUGUCUGUACCCCCUCUUGGUGCCGUGUGCCCGUGUGACAGUGUCUCCCCACGCAUCGGCUGGAGAAUUGGAUAUGCUGGGUUUAGCACCACUCCGGUUUGUUUCUCCCCCUCCUCGCGGCGCCGCCGCCGUUUCCGCCGCCGCUAUCGGCGGACAUAGUAUCUCGCUCGGGGAUGGCUGCCAUUGCGCGGUGCCGCCGCCGGGGGAGAAGGACGCCGACAAGGCGCGGGCGGAGACGACGGAGGGAGCGUCGUACAAGUGGCGUAUGGUGAUCGCCUACGACGGGACCAAGUUCAAAGGUUGGCAGUAUCAACCAUCGCCUCCAACCAUACAAUGUAGUAUUGAGAAUGCGCUAACACGCAUCACAAAGCUGGAUCGCAAGGAGCUCUGCUUGGUUGGAGCUGGCAGAACAGAUACAGGUGUUCAUGCAUGGGGUCAGGUGGCGCAUUUCACCACGCCUUUUUCCUACCAUUGUCUUGAUAGCAUGCACUCUGCAAUCAAUGGGCUUCUUCCACAUGAGAUUCGAGUGAGGGAAAUUAGUGCAGCAAAGCCUGAAUUUCAUGCCCGGACAUCCACAAGGAGCAAAAUUUAUCAUUACAAGAUUUAUAAUGGACCAGUCAUGGAUCCCUUUCAUAAUCAUUAUGCAUACCAUAGUGCGUAUAAGCUUAAUUCACAAGCUAUGCGGGAGGCUGCAAAGCAUUUUGUUGGAACACAUGACUUUACAUCUUUCGCUAAUGCAGUACACAAUGAUCGUGUACGCAGUCCCAUAAAGAAGAUAAUGCGCUUUGAUGUUAUUGAAAUGGGUGCUAUCUUACAGCUUGAGAUUGAAGGCACUGGCUUUCUGUACAGACAAGUUAGGAACAUGGUAGCUUUGUUGCUACAAGUUGGAAGGGAGGCACUACCACCUGACAUCGUCGCAAAAAUCAUCGCAGCAAGAGACCGCAAGGAACUAGCAAAGGUGGCAUUAUCAGCACCACCUCAUGGAUUGUACCUCAUGUCAGUCAACUAUGACAAGGAAAUGCUACAGCCUCCUGAGGGUGCCCCUCACAUUAGCUUUGGAAGGACUCAUCAGAUUAGCAAAUGUAAACUCCUAUUUUAUUGAUUUUUUUCUUGAAAUACUAUCAAUAGAGAUGUGAUAUUUCCUAGUUUCUUUUGCCUAAUAAAAUUUCCCUAUUGUUAACCAUUGGACCUUUUCGGCUGCUAAUUUCUUGCAAGAGGAUGUCUAUUUGUUCGUGGAAGCUAGACAAAAGAAAUCCUGAAACCUGGGUAGUGCUCACCUUCUGUUAGCACUGCUAGGGUUUGUCAAGUUAA